AUGUACAGUCAGUCGACCAGGAAUUGGACAGAAUGGGCACCGUCUAUCGUCGUAGUGCGCAAAGCAAAUGGCAACAUCCGAAUUUGCGAAGACUAUUCAACAGGUCUAAACUCCGCUUUGCAGCUUCAUCAGUAUCCAUUGUCACUCCCGGAAGACAUCUUUGCCAAGCUGGCUAACUGCAAAAUAUUCAGCCAGAUUGAUCUUUCGGACGCUUUUCUACAGGUGAAAACCGACGAACAGUACCGUCAUUUGCUGACAAUUAACACACACCGUGGUCUUUACCACUACAACCGCCUUCCACCUGGUGUAAAGGUAGCACCUGGUGCUUUUCAGCAGCUCGUCGAUACCAUGCUAGCCGGCCUUAAGGGCACUUCUGGUUAUCUCGAUGACGUCAUCGUUGGCGGUGAAACACAAGAGGAGCACGACCAUAAUUUAAAAUCAGUUCUUCAGCGGAUUCAGGAUUUUGGUUUUACCAUCAGAGCCGAAAAGUGCAGCUUCAGUAAGCAACAGAUACGCUAUUUGGGCCAUAUAUUCGACCGACGUGGAUUGCAACCUGAUCCAGUAAAACUUGAUGCAAUAACCAAGCUACCUCCUCCCACUGACGUUUCAGGUGUUCGCUCUUCCCUUGGGGCGAUAAAUUAUUACGGCAAGUUUGUGCCCAACAUGCGACAGUUGCGCUAUCCGCUCGACAACUUGCUGAAGUCGGAGACAAAGUUCGUCUGGAAUCAGGAGUGCCAGCAAGCGUUCGAGCGAUUCAAGCAGAUUCUCUCCUCGGGACUUCUGCUGAUACACUACGACCCGAAACAGGAGAUUAUAGUAUCAGCUGACGCAUCAUCCGUUGGCCUCGGAGCAACCAUCAGUCACAAAUUCCCCGAUGGGUCCAUCAAGGUUGUUCAGCAUGCUUCCAGAGCACUCACGAAAGCGGAACAAAACUACUGCCAGCCCGAUCGCGAAGUUUUAGCAAUCAUCUUUGCAGUCACCACGUUCCACAAAAUGAUUUUCGGUAGGAAAUUCCGUCUACAAACCGACCACGCUCCGCUGCUUCGAAUUUUUGGUUCUAAGAAGGGCAAACCGGUUGCAACGUUUCGCCCUCAAUCUGCUAUUCAUCUCAAGCCAGAGGAGGAUUACGUCAUUGCGAGCAUUAUUCUCGAAAAAGAUGUAAGAAGCACACCUAACCGUUCGGCUCCUGAAGGCAAAUCUCCAUCUGAACUUUUGUUCGGUCGCAAGAUCCGAACCUGUCUCGAACUACUUCGGCCGCCCCCUGCGCCUGAACCGAAGCCAAUCGAGAAGCAGCACAGCCAGUUGAGAUUUUUCAGUCGGAAUGAUCCACCAUUUGCCAAAAUAUAUGCAAGAAACAGUUGGAAAUGGUCUCCAGGUGUGAUCGUCGAAAGAAUUGGUGAUGUGAUGUACAAUAUCUGGGUGGAGUACCGUCGAAUACUACGUUCGCAUAUUAAUCAACUCCAUAGUCGAACUGUAGCAGGAUCAACCACCAACACAGUAGGACAGCAAACCAGAUAUGUUCAGUUAUCUUUGGAUAUUCUGUUGGACGUUUGGAAGCUGCCGAACUUACCAACUGAUACAACAUCGCUGUUAUCGUCGACGCUGCAGCCAACCACCUCACAAUGUGCAUCGUCGACACCUCGUUGUGAUCAGCCGCCUGAAUCGGUGGUUAGUCCAUCACUUUCUCCACUGUCUUCGUCAUCACAUGCAACAUCUUCCGAAUUUGAGUCAGCAGUUGAAGCAGAUCCGGUGGCAGCACUACCACGCCGAUCUUCGAAAGUUCGAAGAGCGCCGCAGUGGUUUGACCCAUACCACCUUUAUUAA